ACAUCCAUAACCUAUGUUCUUUUCUCUUACAAUAUUUCAUUAUAAAAAUUUGAAAACAUACAGAGAUGCUGACAGAACUGUAGAGUGAAUACCCAUUAUACUUCACACCUAAAAUCUACAAUUAAUCAUCUCAUACUCCUAACUUUUUCGCAGCCCAGGUUGUUUUUUUAUCUCAACAAGCUAUUUAUGUCUCCACUAGAUGUGAGCCUGAAAAAAGGAGUAGCAACCUCAGCCUGUCAGAUUUUAUGAGUGGCUCAGUAAUGCACUUACUUUGCCAAUUGCCCUUUUGUUCAAUUUGUGCAAACAAUAACUGGUUCUUUUUUUAAUUUCAGAUAAUAUGAAGAAGGAUGAUAUGCCUGAGCCUACAAAGAGCAGCCAUGGUUUCUUAGCACGUCCUCUAGGCCUAAAGUCAGACUCCUGGAAUGCAGGUUCAUGGAAUUCUGUCCUAAAUUUCCCUGCAAUAUCUUUCGUGACAGAUCCACCCACCUUAAAUCUUAAGAUAAAGGCCACUUGCUUUUCAGCUUCAGCUACCUGAACAAUGGGUGUUGCCAUCUAGUGUCAGGGGGUCUAGUAUUUCUGAGAGAAAGAGAGGGCUUUGAAUGAAGACAGGAGACAGACAAAAAAGGGAGUCAGAGGUUGUUGGGAAUGCGAACAGCUGUGCAGUCUAACCAGUAUUUUUAAAAAUUAAGCAUAGUAUUUUAAAGCUAUUAAAGGUAUUGCUGAUUUUGUCUCCUACUUCCUUUUGUAACAACAAUGUGAUUAGCAAAUAGAAGCGGCUAAAAUGAAAAUUUUUGACAACUUUUUCCCCCCACUUUUAGCAAUGAUUCCACAUAGACCUGCUCUUAUUCAAGUAAUUGUAAUUGCAAGUAUAGCCUUCAGCAUUGCCCUGAUAUGUGGGACUGUGAUCUCCUAUAUGAUAUAUCGACUGGUCCAGGAUGAGGAAAGACGGCAACUUGAGUUGCUUUAUAGAAAUAUCAGGAUACCGUCCUUAGAAGAUGAGGAGGAUGGUUCUGAGGAAGAGGGCCAGGAUGAGUCCACUUACCUGCUCCCAGAGAACGAGAAGGAACUGGAGAAGUUCAUUCUCUCAGUUAUCAGAUCAAAAAGAAGGAAAAAUACUGAAAAGAAGAAUUUGAGGGAAGAGCAAAUGUCAGUAAAGGAGACAGAGAAUACUGCAUCCCAUGUCAAAGUGGAAGAUUUGUGAAGGCAGAGGAAAGAGGGGAAG